AUGGAGUAUUUCCCUAUAUCCAUGCACCUAUUGUGUGCCAAACAGGAAUGCAAUUGCAAUGGCUCACUCUUUUAUUGUUAUAGACAUUUUAAAAUGGCUUCAGAUAUGAAGAAAUCCAGCCCUCAUCUGCAACACAUAGGAAUUGAGGAAACAUCGACAAAAGAAGAAAUGGAGAUGCCGAAGGGUCCUGUUAUUAGCACCUUCAAAGGCAACAACAUGGCAGCUUUAGCUGGGAAGCUGAAACACCUGGCCCUAAAUCUUCCACUCCGGUUUAGCAUUCAGGCCCUGAGUCCCCGUUCAAAGAGCGCUGCUCGGUUCGGCAGUCUCAGCCACCACUCCUUCUUCUCACGACACAACCCCCACCCUCACCGAGUGACUCACAUCCAAGGUUUGAACGGUGCUCUCGUUUGCAAAGUUAAUGAUGAAUGGUCUGAGCAGGCCACGCUUCCACCUCAUCCCGUGAUAAAAAGCCAGUUUCGUACUUCAGUUUUGGGAGGCCCUGGAGUCCAAAUGCCCAUUGGAGAUCCUCAGCCUAUUCCAGUCCCCAGGCUAUCCAUAGGCUCUUUGUCUGAUGCAUGGAGGGAUGAAUUGAGAGAACUCACUGCAAGAGUGAGAGCUGCUUCCUUCACAGAGAAAAAGGAGACAACACAGAAGCCUCAGAGAGAGACUCAGUACUCUGAAGAAACAGGACGUCUCAUUCCACCUUCCUCUCGCGCAACCACUCACCAUUCAUCCCGCCGAGUACACCGGAAUAAUGCCAAGAACAAGGACAAAGAUCCUAUCCGGUCUUUCCAGGAUCAAGAACUAAUCAUUUUAGAACUGUUGUGUCAGAUCCUGCAGACAGAUUCCUUGACAGCUAUCCAGCACUGGCUGCUGACCGCUGGUCAGAAAGAAAAGAAUCUUGUUAUGGGAUUGCUGAAGAUUGCAACUGCCAACCUACAUCUUGAGCCCCAGGAGUUGCCCAUAAGCAUGGAAGAGAGAUUUCCAUCACAGCUUUCUCAAAAUGGCACAGGCUUCACUUCUAAACAACACGGAAGAAAUCAUUUAACCAGGCUGUCUGUCACAAAACGAAAACAAGAACCUAUCCCAGAUGAAGAAAUGCCAGUGCAUAUCGGCACAGCAGACAUCCUCCAGCUCCACUCAUCCCUGGAUGAGAAGCAAAACCAACAAGACCAACCCAAGUAA